CUACAAAGCCACUUGCUGCAACUACGCUCGUCAGAUACUCAUUUAUCAAGAAGCCGUGAUACGUAAGUACUCAGAAAUAAGACCUUUGUGAAAAAAUAGAUGAGGAUCUUAAUCUAAUUCUGUAGACCGAAAAGUCCACGAAGACCUCUUUACUCUCUGUUAUUGUGCGUGAAAUUUUACCAUUUAUUCCGGGUUUUUUGUUCAAGUUUGCUGGCUGAAAUUAUUUUCGAUUUUAUGAUACAAACUUGUUCGCCUUUGAAAAAGCCAAAAUAAAUACUCAAAUUCCUACACGCAUACUACAGAGCGCAGUUCUUCUGCUUCGUAUAAUUGCUUUGUAGACUUUGUAGGUCAGUCAUCACGGAUAUAGGAAAACGUUUUCUUAUUUACAAUUUUUUUUAUUUAUUUUUAUUUUUUCGCACUAUUUCAAAAACGAGUGCGAGGGUUUCAUCAGGUUUCCAAAAGCGAGAAAACAUUUGAAACAACGUUUGGAAACCUGAUGAAACCCGAAGCACGAGUGUUUGAAAUUACUUCUCCAACAAAGAAAAUUAGUCGAAAUUAUAAUUUUAAUAAGUUUUCUGAAUUCAAACACAUCAGUUAUUUGAGACGUGGAAUGUCAGGGCCUGUCACCUACUUGGUUCUUCCUGGUGUCGGUGUUGCUAUAUUCCUAGAAUUUCACUUAACUAAACAAGGACUGCCAUUGGUUGAUUCUUGGUCACGUGGCCUUGACUAAAAUCAAAUGUAUCCCGAUCGUGAUACAUUAAACAAUGUAUCCCGCUCGGGAUACAUUGCAGCACGUGAUCAAAGCAUGGUGGAAAGUGGCGUGACAGAAGGCGGGAAAACACCGCCAGGUCCUGCCAGUUUUCUUUUUCGUGAAUGAACACAACAACACAAUCACGAAGCCUCAAGCUAAAAAGCAACGAUUUUUAAAGUUAUCACUGAAGUUCCCUGGAAGAAAAACAGCAGCUAGUGGAGGGAAAAAAUGCAGAUGAUAUAAGGAAAGUACUUUUGUUUGUAAAUCAUUCAUUCAGUGGUUUUGAGAAUUAAAUUUGUGUUGUUGUAAGUACCGAGUCGACUGUUUUGGUUCGUUUUCGUUCGCUCCGGUUAUUCUUUUGUUGCUGUUGAAGUGAAAGUCUAGAAAUAUAACAAAACACUUAAUGUCAGAUCCCUCGGGAAACCAGUUAGUUUUGUUUUCCCUCGAGUCCUGAUGUUUCCCUCGACUUCGUCUCGGGAAACAUCAGGACUCGAGGGAAAACAAAACUAACUGUUUCCCUUGGGAUCUGACAUUAAGUGUAUAUUGGCAUUCAAUGCCACGUAAGUGUUACUUGGCUACAUGUAUUUGUGACUCCCAUAAGCAAACACCUUGCUUCGCAAUACAGGUGGCAGAGUAGAGAUUUUAAUAGACGUCUUGAAACUUGUGAAGAAGAAGAAACGUGUGUGGCCGGUGCUAUACCUAAGUGUACCCGAUAUAAAAACAAAUGGGCGGCUGGCAUUUUUGAUAAUUUGCAAAGAGCUCGAUUUCUUAAAGUUGCAACGUUGUAACCGGGUGGUCUCUUUAAUAAGGGGCCUUACGAAAACUACGACGGCGAGGGCAACGGGAACUUCAAAACAAGCAAUAGGUUUAAUCAGCAAAAUAACAACUCCGCACGUGCAUUAUUUUUUGCAAAUUUCUUUGCCGUUCCUGCACAACUACGACGUAAAAUGACCAAAUUGUAAGUUUACUUGAGAACGGGAACGGCAAGGCGAUAAAUUCUACCAUCUCUGUCUGAACUCGCUACCACCUCUCUUCGCUCCAACUUAAAAUCUCUUCUUUUAGGUAACAGUCGACAUGGGAUAAUCGUAAUAGGUUUGAAAGGACGCGAAAUCUAUUUUUCAGCGACGUGUACAUUUUCAUGGACGUCGCCGAUGUUGGAUCGUAAGGUCCCUAUUAAUUAUGAUCUGCACAAAGUUCAGUCCUUGGAAGUUUCGUUAGUUCAAAUGGGUGCUUUAAGCCUUAAUUACUGGCUGACGUGAGUCUAUCCAAGAAAUUGCCAAACCGUCAAAGGAAAGAUAUUCAGCCAAAACAAUUUACCAGAGUGUGUGAAAAGCUGUGAAAUAUGUCGUUCCGUCGAGGAAAAGAAUGAGAAGUUGGAUUUUAAUCCUGUCGAUCGAUGCUUCGGACAAAAGGUGCAGUGGUGUUGCUUUAUGUGGCACUUGUCAUUGUUUAUUUUGAUACUUUGAUACUGUUACAUUUAAUGUUAGCAGUAAAUAAGCUUGCUCUGAAGUGUACACGUAUUGCAACUCUGUAAGUUUUUCAUCUUCGUGCGUUCGUCUUGCUCUUUGAAUAUGCAGAUUAAGAAACAUUUUAUACACGGGUUUGAAAUCGUCUCCAAACACAUGUGGUUUUCAACUCGUUUUUCAUUGGGUUUCUAAACUCAUCCACCUGACCAGAAUGAGGCGUUCUGGUUGGGUGACAACAUUAUGAAUAAUUAAUGAGUUUGAGAAAUGCAUCUCAUGACUGGCAUAUCGUUCACCGUUCAGUGACGGCAUCUAGUUUUUUUUUUGUACAGCUAUAUUUCGAGAAAGGUUGUCGGGAAAAAAGCGCGCGACAAUCCCAAAUGUUAUUGAGGGUUUUUCGAGUUCACUGUUCUUCAAAGACAUUUGAAAGAAUGACACGAGAGGCCAUGGAGAUACGUUUGCGAGUGCUAGAGGAAAGCAAUAAAAGUAGGUUCGACAGCUACAGUGUCAGGAACUGUAUAUUGAUCAUAUGCCAUAUUACCUGUCAGGAUUGUCACGUGCACAUUUUUUCCGACAACCUUUCUGGAACUGAAUAGCAGUGUAUAAUUAGAAUCGCAAGACACAGCCGUGAAUAUCAGCCGCUCACGUUUUACGGAAAACCCCUAGCUUGCUAUGGUGAUAUAAGGACAGAGGACUAUUUUCUUUUGCUUGAUAUUAAAUAAUUACAAACAAAUCUCAAAUCAUAUCAUUUGGCUCUUAUCUGUUUCUGUUUCUUGGUAUUGCGACGUGUACUAUGAUCUAAUGCAUUUAUAUGACUUAUAUAGCCGAGUUAAUACGUUUAAAAUGUCGAAUUUGGUAAAAAUUAUUAUAAUUUAAGGAUCUGCUUUUAAUUUACGAAUUUAAUGCCUAAAAAUCCGAUGACCACUUUCCCGGUCUUUCAGGAAGCGACGUGGCAAGUUUAUUGCAAUGUUAUUACAUUAUCAGUGUCACAAAAGUGCUAAAUCCUGAGUACGUUUACCACCACUUCAUACUAUAUCUGACUGCCUGAGAUUCAAAAAGGCACCAGUAAAAAUGUUUAGGCCGUUAUAUUAUAACUGAGAUAGUAAAUGUCUCGGAUACGGUGGCUGAUAUGGACAAAACAUUUAGACACAAACGAGAAAAGAAAACAGAAUCACAAAACCUCAAAAAAGAAACCAAAAAAAAAUAAAAACAGAAUAGCAGAACCAACAACACCAAAACACAUUAUGGUAUUCCCGUUAAAAAUUAUUCUGAUGCUGUGUGAACGCAGUCUAAAUCCCGGGGAGGGAGGUACUUUAGGAAUGUGAUGUGCCGCUGAGACCCUGAAACCUUUAGGCUUUACCAGAGCUAGUUCAAGUGAAUUUUGCUACCCUACACUAGACUAAACUCCCCAAAUCCCACCCUAUCCUAGAGUAGCUGUUUUCCAGAAACAACUGAGUUCACUAGCACAGUUCAGCCAAAACAAAACCGAUUUGACUUUUUUAUAUUUUUGAGUGGCAGUUCCCGGUUUCCCAAGUCUAGACUGAAAUCUUCAGCCAAUUGAUCAGUUUAAAUGGAAAAUGAUAACCUCUUCUAGACCCAAACUCUCUGAUUUAUGAACCCUAUCCCAGAGUUAAUUGCUUGAAAACCAUACCCUUCACAGCGGCACAUAUAGGGCAGUACCAUCCCCCCCGGGCCUAAAUCAAAGAAUAACCGGGCUCAGUGUUGCUACUUCAGUAUACGAGUACUGCAAAAUUACAGUGUUAAUACGGGGUAAUUCUAGCGGAAUUUGUGGGAAAUGCAGUGUCGCGCUUGACAAGUGGCCGGAAUGUUUUAUAUUUUUGCUCGUUUUAAUUUUUCAGAAUGGAUCUACUUGUCUUCUUUAUGGUUUGUGGAGUAGCUCUGCUUGGCUCUUGUACCAGUGGAAAUGCAGAAUGGCCCCCUGCUGCCUAUAAAAGAGUCGUCGAAUGUAUUCCCAAGGGAAAACCACCACCGCCCUCAGUGCCUUACAACGUAGCAUUUUGUCUCGCUUUAAAGGUUUUACGGAAUAUUUUGCAUACUCUAUAAGUGUUUAAUCAACAAAGCAGCACGUUGAGGUACAAGGGGUCAAUACUGAAAAUGUCCUUGGAAUAUCCGGUUCCCAAUAUAAAAAGAAUCGAGGAUGCUUGUCGUCUCGCAUAAGUGGGGUUAAAGCUUCGUAUUUUUAAACUCACUUUUUACGUGCUCGGGGAAAAACGUCAAUAUUUUUAGCCGUUAAAAUCUCGUUUAGGGUUGAAAGCAACGAAAUUUAUCGAAACAUGAAGUCUAUUUUUACUAUUUUGGGUAUUUGUCAGUGGUCAAAAACAUUUUGAGCCGCGCCCAGAAACGUUUUCUGGCGUUUGAUUAAAAAUUUCGGACAAUUAUUCCCAUUUGUUCCCUGAGGGAAUCGUCCCCCCUCCUCUUCUGCACGGGUAAAAAUGCCCGCGUGGCUGAACCCGACUGCCCUCGGCAGGUACUGCAGGAGAUAACUUCGCCACGGAAAGGAAAAAGAAAGGAAAGAAAAAGAGACAACAAACAAACAAACAAAACAAACGAAAGAAAUGAAUUUCCCUUUUAUAUAAGGCUUGUAACCAAAAGUAUUAACGUUUUUAUUUUCAUAUCUAAACCAGAUGGAUUCCGAAUGCCUACUAAAGCCAUUAAAUGCCACAUGUGACCGCGAAGUUUUUGACUUUUAUCGUGCGUACAACCUGGAACGGAUUUAUCUUACCCGAAAAUCUGACUUUUGUCCGAAGCCACUUCCUUACGAGGAAUUAAGGGAGCUUGUCCGUGAAUCUGGUAAGUCAUGAUCUUAAAUAACAGCGUGGUUUAGUCAGUAGAAACCUUUGCGGGAUGCAGAAUUCUACUAAACAUGUAAAUAAAACCGACUGGUUCCUUCUUGCUGGAUCUCUAAUCUAGAGAUGCUAGAGCCAGACGUCUCUUGAAGUAUUUUCAAAAACCCAACUGAAUGCAAGGCUGGCAAUACCGUAACGGCAAAGGGCUGAUUUCUUUGGGGCCAAUAUUUCGGAGAGUGGUUUACGUUUUCGGAAAGUGGGGAAGGGCACACUCCCAUGUUUUUUUCUUUUAGAAAGUCAUAUAUUUUUAAUUAUGUACGGCACCUUAAGGGUUUGGUUUUUAAGCCGUUGAAUCAAAAAUAGUGUGUUGAUAUUAUUUACGUAUCGAGGGCAAGAAAUGGGAAAAGGGUUUUUAGAUCCUCCCCUUUAUCAAGCUCACAUUCAAGUAGUUCUUAGCUUGAACUUAAAGCUAUUUAUCAAGUUUCGCGUCUUUAACUGAAUAUAUACUUCUAGAGUACUCUCUGACCGGUUGACUCAUCUCUAUAUGUAAAUUGGCCUUCUCUUUUUUAAUAGGUAUCAUGGAGAAAGAACAUCUCCCUAAUAUUGGUAAGCAUGCAUGCAAAGCCAAAUUAGCCCAGUUGGAAUAACACUCCUAAUGCAGCUUGUAAAACAUUUGCUUGGGCACAUGGUUUUUUAUUACUUAGCCAGGAUUGUGGUAGAGUGCGAGCAGUCUCUUACUUUCUUUUGAAUCACGAUAGAUGGCCAACAUGCUAAAUCGCGAGCUCGCGCGAGGAACGAUAGCGAAGGCUGAGCGAAGAUUUUCCAUUCCAUUUUUCCUCUCUCUGAUCCAAUUUCUUCUCCUUUUUACUGUUCCUGAGCAUAAGAGUUUGAGGAUAGAAGGACGAUCGCUUACGGUCUAGUUGUGGUCCAGCUAGACUUUUUUAUUAUUUAGACACAUACACAAACUUUAUCAAGUAUCAGUUUUGCCUCGAGGAUUAAACAUUUCCAUAUUCAUGUCUAAGGGAUUUUUUUUCUACCUUUAGAGAACGAUACCUACGUGGAGUGCGCUGGUACGGUGGUGGAGAACACUUGUGUUAGGGUGGCCGUAACAAACUUGGAAAAGGGAAAAAAUGUCCUCCAAAUAUUCCUUAGCUAUAUCAACUGCUACGAUAAGGAGACGAAGACAUGCCCCGUUCCUAUUGCUCGUAAUAUCAACGUUGUCAUACAGGCCUUUAAAAAACAUAUUUACGCACAUCAUGGCCUGCUUACCAAGAUGCUGAAAAAGAUCAUUCCCGGCCCGGCGCAGUAA